CUCCAGAUGAGACGUUGGACUCCAACAGUUUCAACGGUUCGGGAACUUCCAACGGUUCCGAGAGAACAGGACAGGUGAUCUGUGGCGAUCCAGUUCUACAGACUAAAGCAUGGAUGUUGGUGACAGUUCACUCCCUGACAGCAUCAAUCCUAAUAAUUUCCCUGCCAAACUGUGGCGUUUAGUGAACAAUCCGGCUAAUAAAGCCAUCUGCUGGGACAGCCUCGGCAAGGUCGUGGUCAUUGAUCAAAAGCUCUUCGAGAGACAGAUCCUGUCUUCCACCACCACCUCGGACAACGCUGACGCCUUCAAAACAAACAACUUCUCAAGCUUUGUCCGUCAGCUCAACCUGUACGGCUUCAGGAAAUCCGAUCUAGCUGUUAAAGACCGACAACAUGCCAGCGGGGACAGCGGGACGUAUCAUCAUUUUUACAACCCAAACUUCCAGCGAAACCACCCUGAACUUGUUGCGAGCAUGAAGAGACUCACUGUUGACAAUAAGGCCAAAAUACAGGCUGGACUGAACGUGAAUUGUCGGCCUCCGAGUCGAUACCUGAGACAUAGUGGAGGUGAUGCUGGCAAAGACAAAGAUUUGAAAAGAGGCGCUUCACUGCUUAGCCUCUUACAUCAGGAGUCAACUCAUCCUUACUGUCCGCGUAAAGCUCAGGCCAUGACAGGACACAAUGGAACCCCAGUCCCACCACAUUACCUGAUAAGGGGUCAUGGGGCAGCGCUUUCUCCUUCUGUCUUUGCUGCAGACAAAGGGACACCAGUAUCUUUAAGCCACCACUACAGUGGAGUAGCCCCAAGCUCCAAUGUCAUGCAGCUUCAGCAAGGCUUAAUGGCCCGUGCAAACCAUGGAAAUCCCAAUUUCACCAGUUUUAAUUCUGCUAAUGCACAGUGCCAGCCCAGCUACCAAUCCCCAGUUUGGCAGUGCUACCAUCCAAACCUCGUGGCAUCACAUAUGACAGGUAGUGGGCUUCACACAGGGCCGUUCUCUCCUCAUAGUUAUUACCAGGCAGGGUAUCCCAUGAAUAUGUUGUGUCAUGGGAACCAACACCAGGACUUACAGAAUAAGAAAAACCAGGAGGUGAAAAAAGAGGACAUUAACUUGGACACAGUUUUCCAGAUUGCUGAUGAAGUGAUGCAAACUCCACCCAAUAGCUGCCUUGUUAAAGUUGUGACCCCAGAGAAGCCAGGGCCUGCAUUAGAGCUGUCCUCCAACGCCUGUAACGCCAUGAUGUGCUACAACCCUGCCAGCAUGAAGAAAGCUAACCCUUUGUGUGCUGGACCCAUUAUAAUGGCUGUGUCAGGCAAUGUUGAUCAAGUGGCAUUCAGACAGCAGGAGGAAUCUCUGGUUUCAAUACCUGAGCAAAUGCCUGAAGAUGACAUAUUUGAGGUUACCAGUGAUGAUUCAAAGGACACAGAGGUCAUGGAUGUAAAAGUUAGUGUCACUUCCCUCAAUACCAGUCAAGCGUAGCAACAGCAGCUCCAAAAGAAGUAAACCAAAUCUGCAGAUCUCAACAUGUUGAUUUGAUUGGCAUGUAACGGAGUCUUGAGGAUGUGAUGUAUAAUAGUGAAGUUUUCACUAUUACCAGACUUAAUUUUCCACUUAAAUUAUUAUUGUUGUUUUUUGUGUUAGUGUGUUGUUAUUUAAAUCUUAUUAAAAAAGUAUUUAAAUGUUGUAUAUUUUAUAUAGUGACUUUGGAAAAUUCAUUAAUUUGAGUCAUAUUUUUGUUUCUCUAAGAAUUAGAAUUACUUGUGCCAUGGUAUAUUUUUUAAAAAUUAUAAAGCAAAGUUUUACAUAUAUUUUUACACAGUAUAAUCUAAAAUGUUUUUACCAACUUCUGAUGUUCUUAAGGAAUCUUAAUUUAAAAUAUAAUUUAUACAUAUUCGCAGUAAGAAGCCUACCUUAACUCAGCCUCUCUCCAUUUUAAUAUGCACAUUUGACUUACAUUUUAAUAAUAUAACUGGUUUGUCAUCACAAGUUGUAACAAACCAAUGGGGGAGCAUGUUAAAUAAUAUUAUAAAAAUGUUUAUUAUUAUUUUAGUAUUAUUAUUAUUUAAUCUAUAGUGAUUGUUUGUGUUGUGGUAGUACGUUUCCCACCUUUUGAUUUUUCACUGCAUCUCUUAAAGGGUACUGUUUUUUUAAACUUGUAAUUGACGUAUUUUAAAGGUACAUGUGUACAAGUAUUUUUAUUAAAAUUGAUAUAGU